AUGAAUAAGAGGAAGACGAAACCCAAAGCGGACCCCCUGUUCAAACCAGAAAUUACCAAACUCAACCGGGAAAUCGUAACCAAAACAAACAAGGAACUGUCAGUCACCCCAUCGGACAUCAGAGCUAAGAUAAACACAAAAAUCCAAGACCCCGACUUUCAACUAAUCGCCGCCUGGAAAACAACCAAGAACAACAUCAUCCUGGAAUCAAAGUUUGUAACCCCGGCAACGAAGGUCCUCGAAUACAAAAAAGAAAUCGAAACCGCCCUGAACGAACUAAAAGUACCCUUCGUCGACAUCCGGGUUAACCCUAGAUGGUCGAAAUUCAUCCUCCACGGCAUUCCCACCUCCAUAGGAGAAGCCUUUGAUGCAGGACAACCACUAGCCUCGGAAAUUCGACACAACUAUGGUAACACCUUCGAACUGACACAAAUCCCGAGAUGGCUAUCGAAACCAGAAACCAGAAUCGGAAAGUCCCACUCCUCCAUGAUCAUCGCCCUCACCGGACAAUUCACCAAAGAGAACCUCAGACUCCGAUACCUCACUCUCAAGGGGCGGCGGUGA